UGGUGUUCUGAGCAGCGCUGAGAAGGGCUCUGUCACUGCAGUGAACGCGCACCGUUAAACCUCGAAGCUGUAAUUUAGCUCCGCGAGACCGUGAUUUAGGAAAGGCCUGGAAAAUAAAGACGUCGUUGCUGUUCAUCGUUCACAAAGUCUAUGAACACAUGAACAGUUGAUGUCGCCAUCAGCUUUGCUUUGGAAUCGUACCACGUGACAAGCAACAAGCGCAAAAGACAGAAAAAAACAUUGAAAGCCUUUCAAAUACUCGCACCUUUGACUAAAUAGAAUAUUUUGCAGUAUGUCAAAGGAGCGAGGAGAAGUGUCUCCCUGUGAGAUGAGUCUCUCAGAGAAACAGAGGUCAUGCUGAACAGCUGAUUGUUUUCACAAACCAGUCUGUUGAGCUGCAGUAUGUCAGAGCAGCGAGGAAAGAACUCUCUUUCUGAGAUGAGUCUCUCGGAGAAACAGAGAUCAGGCUCACAUGUGUCCAGCUCUCUGUCUGUGAAGAGUGACCAUUCAAAAGAUGACCAGCAACCAAAUUUCAGUGAGAAAAAAACAUCAUCUACCAAAAGUGUAAGAUCAGGCUCACAUGUGUCCAGCUCUCUGUCUGUGAAGAGUGACCAUUCAAAAGGUGGCCAGCAACCAACAUUUAGGGAGAAAAAAACAUCAUAUAACAAAAGGCUUCAGUCUGAGACAUUAGAUUCUGAUGUCCAGACUCACAGGAACUACAAGAAUUUCAAUGACAGUCUCCUCUGGAUCUUCCAAGAUCUUGAAAGCAAAAUAAUCAUAUUUCUGAAGAAAGAGCUGGAAAAGUUUAAGAAAAUAUUAAAAAAAGAAGCCUUACAAUACUUUGUGAAGGAUUUUAAUGAGAAUAGAUGCAGUAUCAAAGAAGCAGCUCUUGAUCUCACACUCUACUUCCUGAGAGAUAUGAAGCAAAAUGAAGCUGCUAAUACUUUAGAAGAUGAGCUGAACUUCAUUCAUCAGCUAAAAUCUAACCUGAAGAAGAAGUAUCAAUGUGUGUUUGAAGGAAUUGCACAGCAAGGUGACUCCACACUUCUGAAUAACAUCUACACAGAUCUCUAUAUCACCCAGGGUGGUAGUGAACAGGUUAAUACUGAACAUGAGGUAAGACAGAUUGAAGUUACUUCCAGGCAUCACGAAACACAAGAGAUACAAAUUGAGUGCACAAAGAUGUUUGAAACACCUGAACAAGACGAGGAGAUCAGAACUGUACUGACAAAAGGAGUUGCUGGAAUCGGAAAAUCAGUCUCUGUGCAAAAGUUUGUUCUGGAUUGGGCUGAAGAAAAAGAAAAUCAGGAUAUCAGCUUCAUAUUUCCUCUUCCAUUCAGAGAGAUGAACUUAAAGGAAAAGGAAAAACAAAGUUUGUUGGACCUUAUAACUCAGUUUUUCCCAGAGACAAAAGGACUGAACCUUACAAGAAGGAACCAAAAAGUCCUGUUCAUUCUUGAUGGUUUGGAUGAAUUUCGUCUUCCUCUAAACUUCGAUGGUAAUGAGAUAUGGUCUGAUGUAUCAUCACCAGCCUCUCUGGAUGUUCUCCUGACGAACCUCAUCAAGGGAAAUCUGCUUCCUUCUGCUCUCAUCUGGAUCACAACCAGACCAGCAGCUGCCAGUAAGAUUCCUCCUGACUGUAUCGAUCGGCUGACAGAGAUACGAGGAUUCAAUGAUGCACAAAAGGAAGAGUACUUCAAAAAAAGAUUCAAAGAUGAGAAUCUGGCCAAAGAAAUCAUUGAUAAUGUUAAAAAAUCAAAGAGUCUCUUUAUCAUGUGCCACAUCCCAGUCUUCUGCUGGAUUUCAGCCACUGUUCUCCAAAACAUUUUGGAGGAGAAAAAAAAAAAAGUGAAAAACAAUCAGGCUGAUGAUGCCUCCAAAACACUGCAGGAAUCAAAUUCUGUAGACACACCCAAGACUCUGACACAAAUGUACACACACUUUCUCUGCUUUCAGGUCCUGCAGAGCCUCCGAAAGUAUGAUGGAAAAUACAGACCAGAUGUUUCCUGGGAUAAAGAUGCCAUCCUUUCACUGGGGAAACUGGCCUUUCAUCAGCUGGAAAGAAAUAACCUGAUCUUCUAUGAAUCAGAUCUGGAAGCUUGUGGUAUUGACGUCUAUAAGGCAUCAGUGUAUUCAGGCAUGUGUACCCAGAUCUUUAAGGAGGAAACAGGGAUCAUUGUUGGUACCAUGUACUGUUUUGUUCACUUGAGCAUUCAAGAGUUUAUUGCAGCCCUUUAUGCACAUCUGUUUCUAGACAUAAAUAAGAGAAGUAUAUUUCUUCAUGAGUCUACAGAACAGGAAAACAAAAAUGAAACCAUGAUUGAUUUGCUCAAGACUGCAGUGGACAAGGCACUUGAGAGUGAAACUGGACACCUGGACCUUUUCCUUCGCUUUCUUCUUGGUCUGUCACUCCAGUUCAAUCGACAACUCUUACGAGGUCUGUUGAAGCAGGAAGACAACAAUGGCCAGAGCAAAAAGGAAAUAGUUCAGUACAUCAAGCAGAAAUUUGAAGCUGAUCUGUCUCCAGAGAGAUCCAUCAAUCUGUUCUACUGUCUGAAUGAACUGAAUGAUCAAACUCUGGUGAAAGAGAUUCAGACCCACCUUAGUAAAGGAAGUCUUUCAUCUGCUGAUCUUUCGCCUGCCCAGUGGUCUGCUGUGGCCUUUGUGUUGUUGACAUCAGAGGAGGAGCUGGAGGAGUUUGAGCUUCAGAAAUUCAAGAAAUCAGACGAGUGUCUCAUUAGAUUAUCAGCAGUCAUCAAAACCUCCAAAAGAGCACUGCUAAAUGAUUGUAACUUAACAGACAAAAGCUGCGUAGCUCUGGCUACAGUUCUUGGAUCAGAUACCAAUCUGAAAGAGCUGAACAUGGACAAUAAUAAUCUGCAGGAUUCAGGAGUGAAGCUGCUCUGUACUGGACUUAAGAAUAUAAAUUGCACAUUAGAGAUACUGAGACUGUCAGACUGCAGUAUCACAGAAGAAGGAUAUAAAGCUCUGGCUUCAGCUCUGAGAUCAAACCCUUCACACCUGAUAGAGCUGGAUCUCACAGGAAAUGAUCCUGGACAAUCAGGAGUGAAGCAGCUCGAUGAUUUACUACAGGAUCCAAACUGUCAGCUGAAGACACUGAGGUUUUUGGGUCCUGCUGCAGAUGAAGCCUGUCAGUAUGUGACUGGAAUUGUGGGUAAAAACCCGUUACUCCUGAGAGAACUGAAUCUGAGUGAACGUGAACUAGGAGACACACGAGUGAAUCAGAUCGCUGCUCUACUGCAGGAUAAACACUGUAAACUCAACACGCUGAUACUUUCAGACUGCAGUAUCACUGAAGAAGGUUAUAAAGCUCUGGCUUCAGCUCUGAGAUCAAAUCCUUCACACCUGAUAGAGCUGGAUCUCACAGGAAAUGAUCCUGGACAAUCAGGAGUGAAGCAGCUCACCGAUUUACUACAGGAUGGACACUGUUCAUUACAGACCAUCAGGUUUUUUAAAAGUCCUGCUGCAGAGGAUGCGUGUGAGUAUCUCACUAAAGUUGUGGGUAAAAGUCCAUUAUUACUGACAGAACUGAAUCUGAGUGAAGAUAAAUUAGGAGACCUGGAUUUGGAGAAGCUCUGUGCUCUUUUGAUGGACUCCCAUAGCAAACUGGAGAAAAUUGAGCUGAAUAAUUUUGGGCUGGCAAAGAAAAGCUGCUCAGUUCUAGCUACUGUUCUCUCCUCCAAAACCAUCCUGAAAGAGAUGAACCUGAACAACAGCCGUCUGCUGAACUCAGGAGUCAAAGAGAUCUGUGAGGGACUGAAGAAUCCCGUGUGUGAGCUGGAAAUACUCAAACUUUCAGACUGCAGUAUCACUGAAGAAGGUUAUAAAGCUCUGGCUUCAGCUCUGAGAUCAAACCCUUCACACCUGAUAGAGCUGGAUCUCACAGGAAAUGAUCCUGGACAAUCAGGAGUGAAGCAACUCAAUGAUUUACUACAGGAUCCAAACUGUCAACUGAAGACACUGAGGUUUUUGGGUCCUGCUGCAGAUGAAGCCUGUCAGUAUGUGACUGGAAUUGUGGGUAAAAACCCGUUACUCCUGAGAGAGCUGAAUCUGAGUGAACAUGAACUAGGAGACACACGAGUGAAUCAGAUCGCUGCUCUACUGCAGGAUAAACACUGUCAACUCAACACACUAAUUCUGUGUAGAUGCACCAUUACAGAGAAACAGUGUCUCAUCCUGACUUCAGCUCUGAAAUCAAACCCAUCACACCUGAGAGAGCUGGACCUCAGUGAGAAUCAAAUAAAAAGCACAGGAGUGAAUCACUUAUGUGAUGUACUGAAGGAUUCACACUGUAAACUGGAGAGAUUGAGGCUUUCAGACUGCAGUAUCACUCAAGAAGGAUAUAAAGCUCUGGUUUCAGCUCUGAGAUCAAACCCUUCACACCUGAUAGAGCUGGAUCUCACAGGAAAUGAUCCUGGACAAUCAGGAGUGAAGCAGCUCAGUGAUUUACUACAGGAUCCAAACUGUCAGCUGAAGACACUGAGGUUUUUGGGUCCUGCUGCAGAUGAAGCCUGUCAGUAUGUGACUGGAAUUGUGGGUGAAAACCUGUUGCUCCUGAGAGAACUGAAUCUGAGUGAACGUGAACUAGGAGACACACGAGUGAAUCAGAUCACUGCUCUACUGCAGGAUAAACACUGUCAACUCAACAAACUGAUUCUGUGUAACUGCAGUAUUACAGAGAAACAGUGUCUCAUCCUGACUUCAGCUCUGAAAUCAAACCCAUCACACCUGAGAGAGCUGUACCUGAGCUGGAAUGAACUAGGAGACUCUGGAGUGAAACACCUCAGUGAUCUACUGAUGAACCCACAAUGCAAGCUGGAAAAACUGAAUCUGUGUGAUUGCAGUAUUACAGAGAAACAGUGUCUCAUCCUGACUUCAGCUCUGAAAUCAAACCCAUCACACCUGAGAGAACUGGACCUGAGCGGAAAUCAACUAGGAGAUUCUGGAUUUGAAAACCUCAGUGAUGUACUGAUGAACCCACAAUUCAAGCUGGAAAAACUAGAGCUUUUUAAUUGCAAGAUUACAGAGAAACAGUGUCUCAUCCUGACUUCAGCUCUGAAAUCAAACCCAUCACACCUGAGAGAACUGGACUUGAACCAGAAUGAAUUAGGAGACUCUGGAGUGAAAAACCUCAGUGAUCUACUGAUGAACCCACAAUGCAAGCUGGAAAAAUUAAAUCUGUGGAGAUGCAGUAUUACAGAGAAACAGUGUCUCAUCCUGACUUCAGCUCUGAAAUCAAACCCAUCACACCUGAGAGAACUGAACCUCAGUGGGAAUCAAAUAGAAAACACAGGAGUGAAUCACGUAUGUGACGUACUGAAGGAUUCACACUGUAAACUGGAGAGAUUGAGGUUAAGAGGCUGUUAUAUGACAGAUGAAGGCUGUUCUGCUGUGAUUUCAGCUCUGAAAUCAAACACAUCACACCUGAGAGAACUGGACCUCAGUGGAAAUCAACUAGGAGACUCUGGAGUGAAAAUCCUCAGUAAUCUACUGAUGAACCCACAAUGCAAGCUGGAGAAACUAGAUCUGCGUGAUUGCAGGAUUACAGAGAAACAGUGUCUCAUCCUGACUUCAGCUCUGAAAUCAAACCCAUCACACCUGAGAGAGCUGAACCUCAGCUGCAAUGAAAUAAAAAACACAGGAGUGAAUCACUUAUGUGACGUACUUAAGGAUUCACACUGUAAACUGAAGAGAUUAAGUCUAAUCUACUGUGGCAUUACAGAUGUUUCUUCUUUAACUCAGUCUUUGACAAACACAAAAGCACUGCAGUUUUUAAAAGAGCUUGAUCUGAGAAACAAUAUGAUUGGAGACUCAAAGCAGCAGCUCAUUGAUGUGCUACAAGACUCAAACUGUAAACUGAGCUGCUGUGAAAUAACAGAUGAAGGUUGUUCUGCUGUGACUUCAGCUCUGAAAUCAAACCCAUCACACCUGAGAGAGCUGAACCUCAGUGGGAAUGAAUUAGGAGAAUCUAGAGUGAAAAACCUCAGUGAUCUACUGAUGAACCCACAAUGCAAGCUGGAGAAACUAGAUCUGUGUGGAUGCAGUAUUACAGAGAAACAGUGUCUCAUCCUGACUUCAGCUCUGAAAUCAAACCCAUCACACCUGAGAGAGCUGGACCUCAGUGGAAAUAAAAUAGAAAACACAGGAGUGAAUCACUUAUGUGACAUAAUGAAGGAUUCAAACUGUAAACUGGAGAGAUUGAGAUUAGGAUACUGUUAUAUGACAGAAGAAGGUUGUUCUGCUGUGACUUCAGCUCUGAAAUCAAACCCAUCACACCUGAGAGAACUGGACCUGAGUAGGAAUGAACUAGGAGACUCUGGAGUGAAACACCUCAGUGAUCUACUGAUGAACCCACGAUGCAAGCUGGAGAAACUAGAUCUGUGUGAUUGCAGUAUUACAGUGAAACAGAGUCUCAUCCUGACUUCAGCUCUGAAAUCAAACCCAUCACACCUGAGAGAACUGGACCUCAGUGAGAAUCAAAUAGAAAACACAGGAGUGAAUCAUUUAUGUGACAUACUGAAGGAUUCACACUGUAAACUGGAGAGAUUGAGUCUAAUCUACUGUGGCAUUACAGAUGUUUCUUCUUUAACUCAGUCUUUGACAAACACAAAAGCACUGCAGUUUUUAAAAGAGCUUGAUCUGAGAAACAAUGCUAUAAAAGACUCAAAGCGGCUCGUUGAUAUGCUACUAGACUCAAACUGUAAACUGAGACUAGACAGUGAACAGACUGCAUUGGUAGCUGCUCUAAAGCGCACUGGUAGACGGUUUGCAUCCUUGUUUAAAUCUAAGGACCCUAUGAAAUGAACAAGAGCAUCAUUAUCAGGUGAAGCAGUGAAGGGAAUAGAGUCAGAGUGGAGAGGAUUCUGAGUCUUCUGUAUAAAGCCUUUUCAAAUUUAGCACUCAGAUAUAUUUUACAUUUACAUAUACAGUACAUAUUUUUAAUAUAAUUUCAUAUAUACCAUAUUAUACCAUAAUUUAUACCAAAUUUAAUUUUGUACUUUACAUUAUUCAAACCCACGUCCCAGUGAGUCAACUGCUCUUCUAUGUCCUGAAUGAAAGUGGCCGGGCACACAGAUUUGUUUUAAACUAGAUUUUUAAGUGAUUUCUGUCUCUGUCAUCCUUAUUUGUGACCCUGGACCACAAAACCAGUCAAAGGGUCAAUUUUUCGAAAUUGAGAUUUAUACAUUAUCUGAAAGCUGAAUAAAUAAGCUUUCCAUUGAUGUAUGGUUUGUUAGGAUAGCAAUGCAUAUUACAAAUCAAACAAUACGUUUUUAUAUAUUUACAGGAGGUAAUUUACAAAAUAAUCUUCAUGGAACAUGAUCUUUACUUAAUGUCCUAAUGAUUUUUGGCAUAAAAGAAAAAUCAAUAAUUUUGACCCAUACAAUGUAUUUUUUGGCUAUUGCUAUAAAUAUACCCCAGCGACUUAAGACUGGUUUUGUGGUCCAGGGUCGCAUUUGUCUUUGGCUCUCUCACUUUUACUCCCACCUAAACUUGUAUGUUUUGUACAUAAUGUAUCAAAAUCAUUUAAUUUAAAUAUGAUUCAAAAAUUCCCAAUAUGAGUAAAGAGAUGUUUUGCUGUCAACAGAGAUGUGAUGCAAUUCAAUUUCAGGUCAGUUGUAUUUGAUUUAUGAGUUUGAACUAAAGACUAAAUCGUGUGUCAUGUAUUUGUGUGUCACUGAAGACCUUGUCAACUGUCUGAGAGAGAAACAUGCAGUGAUGCCACAUUAGUUUUAUUGUUGUAUUAGGACACAAUGCUGCACCACAAACUGCAUCAGUCUAAAAACAGAAUGUCAAAAUUUAUUGCAUUUUCUCAAGAUCACCACUAGAGUUCCUCACACCAUGUGAAGUGUGUUUAUGACCAUCAGCCAGGCAAAGAGAUGGUGGAAUCAAAAACCAGUUAGACGUGAACUUAAAGGAAUAGCAGUUGGCGUUUACUUCUGAGUCUACAAUCUGCCACACCUAUUCAAACAGAGCGUUCUGAUGAGGGGGGUCAAAACAGUACAGAAAACAGUACAAAAUAAUUAAAAAAAAGGCAGUUCAUGACACGUCAUGAAGUGGCACAUUCCACAACCUGUCAUUUUGGCAGAUUGACUUCAAUAUAGGCUCUUAGAUUCAUUUACAGGAUGUUUUUAUAGCACAAUGAACUCUAUAUGUCAAAAGCCAUUUUUAGUUAUAUGUCCGUCUAUCUGAUAUUGCACAUACAGUAUUGUCUUGAACAAUAUUGAAGAAACAUCUAAGUAUGUUUAAUUGUGUUUAGUACAUUAUACUCUGUAUGUAAGACAAUAAAGCUUUGACAAAUGA